CAGAUGGUUCUGGAAGCUCAGGAUUUCUCGAAUGCUCGGAACGGGUACAUAAACGGAACAACCCCGACGUCCCUCAUCUGUAGUUGUCCACUUGUCUUCGCCUCGGAGACGACCGCUACACAUUUGUCAUUAGAGUUUUCAAUAAACUGAGGACCAAGAUGCCUGAGUUACACGACCAACCAAUGGAGGAGGAGGCUGAGACUUUCGCAUUCCAAGCUGAGAUUGCUCAGCUGAUGUCUCUGAUCAUCAACACUUUUUAUUCCAACAAAGAGAUCUUCCUUAGGGAGCUCAUCUCCAACUCUUCAGAUGCCCUGGACAAAAUCCGCUAUGAGAGUCUCACUGAUCCCACUAAGCUGGACACCGGCAAGGAUCUUAAAAUUGAAGUCAUUCCUAACAAAGAGGAGCGCACCCUCACCUUGAUUGACACGGGUAUUGGCAUGACCAAGGCUGACCUGAUCAACAACCUGGGUACAAUCGCCAAGUCUGGCACCAAGGCUUUCAUGGAGGCUCUGCAGGCUGGAGCUGAUAUCUCCAUGAUUGGGCAGUUUGGUGUGGGUUUCUACUCUGCCUACCUGGUGGCUGAGAAGGUGACGGUCAUUACCAAGCACAAUGAUGAUGAGCAGUAUGCCUGGGAAUCCUCUGCUGGAGGCUCAUUCACAGUCAAAGUUGACAACUCUGAGCCUAUGGGUCGUGGCACCAAGGUGAUUUUGCACCUAAAAGAAGAUCAGACAGAAUACCUUGAAGAGCGAAGAAUCAAAGAAAUUGUGAAGAAGCACUCACAGUUCAUUGGCUACCCAAUCACACUAUUUGUGGAGAAAGAGCGUGACAAAGAAGUAAGUGAUGAUGAGGCAGAGGAGGAGGAGAAGGAAAAAGAGAAAGAUGAAGAAGAGGAAAAGGAUGAGGACAAGCCUGAAAUUGAGGAUGUCGGUUCAGAUGAUGAGCAUGACCAUGACAAGUGUUCAGACAAAAAGAAGAAGAAGAAGAAGAUCAAGGAAAAGUACAUUGAUCAGGAAGAGCUCAACAAGACCAAACCUUUGUGGACCCGUAACCCUGAUGACAUCUCAAAUGAGGAAUAUGGAGAAUUUUACAAGAGUCUCACCAAUGACUGGGAGGACCACCUGGCUGUUAAGCAUUUUUCAGUAGAGGGCCAGCUUGAAUUCCGUGCCCUGCUCUUUGUGCCUCGGCGUGCUCCCUUUGAUCUUUUUGAGAACAAGAAGAAGAAGAACAAUAUUAAACUGUAUGUGCGCAGGGUGUUCAUCAUGGACAACUGCGACGAGCUCAUUCCUGAGUACCUCAAUUUCAUCAAGGGUGUGGUGGACUCUGAGGAUCUGCCCCUGAACAUCUCCAGAGAGAUGCUGCAGCAGAGCAAGAUUCUGAAGGUCAUCCGCAAGAACCUGGUCAAGAAGUGCUUGGAACUCUUCACUGAGCUAGCCGAGGACAAGGACAACUACAAGAAAUACUAUGAGCAGUUCUCAAAGAACAUCAAACUUGGCAUCCAUGAAGAUUCUCAGAACAGGAAGAAGUUGUCUGAACUGCUGCGAUACUACACCUCAGCCUCUGGAGAUGAGAUGGUUUCCCUGAAAGAUUAUGUCACACGCAUGAAGGACACCCAGAAACAUAUCUACUACAUCACUGGUGAGACCAAAGACCAGGUGGCCAACUCAGCCUUUGUGGAGCGCCUUCGCAAAGCCGGCCUAGAGGUUAUUUACAUGAUCGAACCCAUUGAUGAGUACUGUGUACAGCAGCUGAAGGAGUUUGAGGGCAAGAACCUGGUGUCGGUGACCAAGGAAGGCUUGGAGCUACCUGAAGAUGAGGAUGAGAAGAAGAAGCAGGAGGAAAAGAAAGCUCAGUUUGAGAACCUUUGCAAGAUCAUGAAGGACAUCUUGGAGAAGAAGGUGGAGAAGGUCACUGUGUCCAACCGUCUUGUCUCAUCCCCUUGCUGCAUCGUCACUAGCACCUAUGGCUGGACGGCCAACAUGGAGAGGAUCAUGAAGGCCCAGGCCCUCAGGGAUAACUCCACCAUGGGCUAUAUGGCUGCUAAAAAGCACCUUGAGAUUAAUCCUGAUCACCCAAUUGUGGAGACACUGAGGCAGAAGGCAGAGGCCGACAAGAACGACAAAUCCGUAAAGGAUCUGGUCAUCCUCCUGUUUGAAACCGCUUUGCUCUCCUCAGGAUUCACCCUGGAUGACCCCCAGACCCACUCCAAUCGCAUCUACAGAAUGAUCAAGCUGGGUCUUGGCAUUGAUGAAGAUGAUCUGACUUCAGAUGAUACCCCAUCUGCUCCCACUGAGGACAUGCCCCCUCUUGAGGGUGAUGAUGAUGACACAUCCAGGAUGGAGGAGGUGGAUUAGAGUCUUAAUUUCCUGAUAGCUUUGGGAAGUAGCGUUAUGUAAAGUCUCAAGUUUAAUGUUGUGAAUGAGCCUGGAAUGUCCCACAGUCAAGUUCAAUUUAUUUCCCCUUGAAUUGACCACAUACCGUUCAAAGUCAUUCCUUUAGUGUUUUUGUUUGCCACUUUUUGUAUUUUGAGUUGUAUCAAUAAAUUUUGUUUUUAUAUUUAUUGACAUUCCAAUGUUUAUGUUCUUAUUUCAACUGUAAAUAUACCAGAACUGUUAUUUGAAAUGGUGAGUCUCACAAAUAAAAAGUUUACCAUGUUAA